AUGCAUCAGCUUCUCGUCGCGACUGCCUGGCUGCUCGCCUCUGCCGCGCUCGGGCUAGCAAAGCAUCAGCAGCCAUGGCAGCUGCCGCCCGAGGUGGUACGUUCCAACUCAAAGGCGAGGGUCUGGUCGCUAUCUACGCCCGAGACACACCACCAAGCGUUCCCUCCGCGGCCGCGCAGCAACGCCGCGGCCAUUGACGAUGACACCGGCGACCCUCUGCAGGGCUGGCGUGCACAAGCAGCGCCCGGCCACCUGCGCUGGACGCUCACCAACACCAACCGCUCCAUCAGCGUCGAUGCCUUGCUACCGUCGCUCGUGCAUCUGGACCUGCUCCGCGCGGGCAUCAUCCUGGAUCCUGCCGUCGGACUCAACGAGGGCGACCAGCGCUGGAUCGCCGAUGAGCCCACGUGGACAUACACGGCUGAUCUGGCCCCCAUCCUCGACCAGAUCCGCGCGACGCACAAGCCCUCCCAGCACCAGUACUGGCUCCACUUUGACGGUCUCGACACCGUCGCCGAUGUGUUGCUGGGCGGAGAGCGCCUUCUGCAUACGCGCAACCAACACAUCUGGCACGCCGUGCGCAUCCCCUCGCACCUGCUGCAGCAGCCAUGCGCGCAGCACACCAACCUCACGCUCGUCUUUCACAAUACCAACACCUAUGCGGCCGAGCAGGCGCGCCGGUUUGAUCCGGGCUAUCCGAACCAGGUCGAGAACCCCAGGCGCUCGCGCACGUCCGACUAUGCCUAUCCGCACCGCAUCUUUGUGCGCAAGCAGCAGUCCGACUUUGGCUGGGACUGGGGUCCCGCCCUGGUGCCUGCCGGCCCGCACAAGCCGGCAUACCUCGUGCAGCUUGGCGAUGUAUCCUCCGGUGAGGUCCACGAGCUGCACCAGGCGGUGCAUGUCGUGGAUUGGCACGUCGACGUCUACCGCAAGGGGCAGACGAACAACCUUGUGCCGCCGGAUCCUGAGGCAAACUGGGUGGUCAAUGUGUCGCUCACGCUGCUCGCGGCGCGUCGGGUUGUGCGGCCAACGGUGCGCAUGGCGAUCCCAUCGCUGGGCGUCGCUAUGCCCGACACGCUGCUGUCGCUGCCUGUCAUCGAGGCCGGACUGAAUGAGCGGGUGCACGCGGCGUUUGAGCUGCACAGCAGUGGGCAGGGUGCACCUUUGCUCUGGUGGCCGCGCGGGUACGGCGAGCCGAGGCUGUACACCCUGCAAGUACACAGCGACGAGCUGCACAUCCAUGUGCGCCGCCGCGUUGGAUUCCGCACAGCCGUGCUGGAUCUCGAGCGCAUCCCGCCCGCACAGGCACGAUCGGAGCGCGUGCAACCGGGCUCGCACUUUCGCCUGCUCGUCAACGGACGCGAGGUGUACGUGGUGGGCACGAGCCUCAUCCCGCUCGACACGCUCGGUCCGCGCGCGGCGCCGGCGUACAUGCACUGGCUGCUCGACUCGGCCGCUGCGGCGCACGUCAACCUGCUGCGCAUCUGGGGCGGCGCCAGCUAUCCCUCGCGCGAGCUUCUCGAUGCGUGCGAUCAAAUGGGCAUGCUAGUCUGGCUCGACACCAUGUUCGCCGCAUCCCUGUACCCGAAUCACGAUGCAUUCCUAGCCGAGGUGCGCACCGAGGUGGCGCAGGCUGUCGCAAGCGCUGUCUCGCAUCCGAGCGUCGUCGCCGUGGUGGGCAACAACGAGGGCGAGCUCUACUUUCUUGGUGGCUACGGCCAACGCACGCGCGAUGCAGAAUGGAAGCGCGCCUACGAGGUGCUCUUCGACCACGCAGUGCGCAACGAGGUACUCGACACCAGCCGCGCGCUUUCGUACAUUCCGUGCUCUACAACCACGGGCUACGUGUCGCUGCAGCCGUACCGCGGGCGCUAUACGGCGUACCCGCACAACGAGCUGCACGGUACAGGGGAGCACUAUGGAUAUGACGCCGCACGUGCGUGGGACAUUGCGAGCUACCCGCGCGUGCGCUUCAUGGUCGAGUUCGGCAUGUUCUCCCUGCCCUCCAUUCAUGCACUCGAUGCUGUCUUGCCCAGCUCGUGUGGCGAUUCCAGAGGGUCGGCAUGCGCCGUUGACUCGACCGUGAUGCGUGCGCAUCUCAAGCAUCCUCCGGCAGGCAACCUCAGCUACCCCUUUGCCGCCGACGAAGGAAUGCAGCAGCUAAAGGCAGGCGUGCAGACGUGGUUUCCCGAUCCGGACCAGUCGGGCAAGAAUGGCCGUGCAUUGUUGCGGCGUUGGGCCGAGUCGAGCCAGCUCUACCACGCUUUGUUCGUAGCCAACCAGGUUGCCGUGUACCGCCGCGGCGCAGCGCGCGAGGAACGCAACCGCGGCCUGAUCGUGUGGCAGCUCAACGACGUGUGGACGGGAACGACGUGGGCGAGCAUCGAGUAUUCGGGCCGCUGGAAGCUCGCGCACUACACGCUCGCUUGCGCGCAAGCCCCCGUAGCCCCCGUGGCGAUCUACAAUGCCUCGGACAGCAUGCUCGAUAUUGGUGUAGUCUACACCGGCGCAACACGCAGUGCGCGAGGGUACAGUUUGAUGGUUGAGUGGUUCGAUUUCUACGGCACGCUGCUUGAGCAGCGUCGCUUCGAGGUACACGUCGAGCAAGACGUCGGGUGGUGGUGUGCUUGGCAGCUGAACGCGACCGAGCUGUGCGGAGCCACACCUUGCUACGUCCGCCUCACCCUCCCUAGCGCCGACGUGGUGAGUUACUGGACACACAUGCCGUCUCUCACCGCGUCGCUUGCUCAGCUCUCUGCGCACGCCCGACCGCAUAUCACACUGCAUGCCCACCAUCCCCCGGACGCACAGCACUGGCACAUCAGAAUCACCAAUACAGGCACGGCUACCGCACCCUGGCUCACACUCACCUCCAACACGCCCGGCUACUUUGCCCGCCCCACAACCCUCGCCCCCACCAACGCCUUCUUCCUCAACCCCAACGCUUCCCGAACGCUCGUCUUUGUCCGCGCCACACCCGCUGCACAGUCCUACAAAGACUGGCUCGCCAACCUCACCGCCUCGUCGCUCUUUGACAAUCUGCCCGCGACACGCCCUCACCUUACACGCGCAACGGCACGCGCGAAUGCUGAAUGCUGA